CUGAAGGAACAGGAGAACACACCCAGUCACGGUCGUCACCUGUGCAGCCUUAAAACAGUAGCACAGCGGCUGCCUUUCAGUAACAGAAGCAGAACCGCCAACAACCAGGAUCUACCUGAGCAUCAUGAUGAAACGGAUCCUUCUUCUGAAUCUCAUCAGCGCGCUCUACAGCACAGCUGGAGCCCUGUUGUGUGAAACUUGCCAAGAUGAGUCAUGUUCUACUACAUUUACCAAUACAUGUAAUUUAGAGACAAUGUGUAUAACAGCUUCAAUCCAAGGUUAUUCCUCUGGAUCAACCACCCAAAGAAUCUACAAAGCCUGUGCAUCAUCCUCUCUUUGUCAGCAAACAGGCGCUCAGACUUUUUCAGUCAACUUGGGUAUCGAAAAAGCAAUCGCAUCUGCAGUCUGCUGCAACACAGAUAACUGCAACUCACAGACUCUACCCUACCCCAGUAGUCAAGCCCCAAACUCUUUCCAGUGUAAUGUUUGUGACCAAAGCUCUCAGUGCAACAUUCUACCUUGUGAAGGAGAUGAGACCAACUGCUUCUCUGCAACUGUGAUGAAUGGACAAACACCAAUCACCCGUGUAUGGCUGUAUAACUCCAACAACAUGUUCAAGUUGCUCAGAGCCUGCAUAGCCUACCCUUCAUGGAGCAAGUUGGAUGCAAACCUCUUCAUCCCUAAAGAAGUGAACGCUGGCCCCGCAGAGGAGCGGAAACCGCCGAAUCUCGGCCUGAUGAUGUUGCUCUUCGGCGCUGGGCCAUCCUUUUGGCCUGUGGCAAUGUUAAAUACGGUGGAGGAUCUGUGA